GGGGUGACGUUUCCGACGCUUUAGGCUUCGAGAACCGCUCUUCCCUUCUCGGAUCGAAACCCCUUCCUCCUCCUGGCGGCCCGCCAUCGAUCGCUUUUCCUGGCUUUCUGCAACUGCGGGGAAAAAGGACGGUUGUCGAUCCUCGAUUACCGGAGUCUUGUGGUGUAUGCUUGCUUGCAUUCUCCGUCUCCCUCUCCCCUUUCGCGUCGCUGGAUGGACACAUAUUUGAGGGAGCCCUAAUCGGGUCUACGUGAAGGAGAGGGGGGCGGGUACAGGAAUGUUCUCGGGGUGGGACUUCUCGCGGUCGGGCGCGAUCAAGCGCGUGUGCAAGUUUCUCUUGAAGAAGAAGCUGGGGGAGGUGAUAUUGGGCGACAUCGACCUCGACCAGCUCGAUGUUCAGCUCAGCACCGGCACGAUCCACCUCUCUGACCUCGCCCUCAACGUCGAUUUCCUCAAUCAGAAGAUCGCUGGUGCACCAAUUGUGGUCAAAGAAGGAUCGCUGAAAUCCUUAUCUAUUAAGAUACCUUGGAAGCUAAGGAAUUGUGAGAUAGAAGUUGAUGAACUUGAGCUUGUGCUUGGACCAUUUAGUGAGAGCAAUAUCCCUCCCACAGAUGCUGAUUGUUCACCAUUGAGUCAUGAUGGUCAACAACGAAUAAGCACCAAAGUUGACAAAAUUGAGCCAGGACCUUCCCAAGAUUCCUACAGUUCUAUUCCUGUGGAUGUGCAUGAAGGAGUCAAGACAAUUGCCAAGAUUGUGAAGUGGAUCCUCACAAGCUUUCAUGUUAGGCUAAAAGGAAUUAUAGUUGCAUUCGAUCCCCGUUCAGGUCUGGAUGAAAGCGGAGGCAUGUUUCAUAGACUUCUGGUUUUUAGAAUCAAAGAAAUUGAGUUUGGUACUUGUGUUUCUAAGGAUUCUAUGGCAAAGUUGAUGAAUUUUGUAAAAUUUCAAGAAGCUAACUUGGAGUUUCUUCAGAUGGAUGAUAUUGACGAUGGUCCUGAGCUUCACAGUGUUACUGGGAGAAGUUUUAAUAAAAGAUGUUUAGGUUGUGGUACCAUUCCAGUUUUGUCUGGGGUAAGUGGUGGGUUCUCAGGCACAUUGAACUUAAGCAUCCCAUGGAAAAAUGGAUCCUUGGAUAUUCAUAAAGUUGAUGCAGAUGUUUCUGUAGAUCCCAUGGAAUUAAGGUUGGAACCCAGUUGUAUUGAAUGGGUCAUUGCCAUGUGGCAAACACUCUCUACUAUUGGAGCAUCAUCUUCAUGGACUCACUAUCAUCAAGCUGCAGAUUCCUCUAAUUUAAAUUGUAGAAGUCAUGAUCGAUUAUCUAUGUCACAUACGAUAUAUCUAGAUGCUGAUGGCGAGACAUCAUUAAAGGAUAGUGAAUUUAGAAGCAUAAAUUCUACAAUUACUCCAGAAAGAGCAUUAGAUCCUUUGGUUAUGAGGAAUGUAAUCCACAAUUGGGUCCCAGAAUAUGUUUAUCAAGAAGAUAAAAGUGAGCUGGAGCCAGAUUAUGGUGCAAGCAUUGAUCAGUUUUUUGAAUGUUUUGAUGGAAUGAGGAGCUCCCAUGCAUAUUCUGCUAGUAGUGGUAUAUGGAACUGGACAUGUUCUGUUUUCAAUGCUAUAUCUGUUGCAUCCAAUCUUGCUUCUGGAAUGGGAGAUGUUCCUAAAGAACAACAUGUGGAGACGAGUUUACGAGCUGUAAUUGCUGAUAUAUCUGUUAUUCUUUUUCUCAGUGAUGAACAGCAGUAUUUACAUGGUUCUAACAAAUUUAUUGACCCAUCAACGAGUGAGCUAAGCUCCGAGUCUUAUAUGAGCUGCCUUUCAUCAAUGAAUACUAAUGUUUCCACUGUCAGUGAAGUUAAUCCUGUUAAUAGAAAGAUGCACUACCUUGCAAUGAGGUGUCAGAAUGUAGUUCUAGAUUUGGAGACAUAUUCUCAAGAUACGAAGUUUAAUGCAUCAGUAAAGCAUAUCGAAGUUGAUGCAUACCACGAUACUCGAAACUGUGAUGCAGGAAUUUCAUCAAAUAAUUGCAAGAAUGACUCCAAUGAGCAAAUGUUUUUGAGUCACUAUUUGCAGGAAAAAGUCCAAAGUUCUCUCCCACCAUUUCCUUUUCAUAUACGAUAUCAUGCUUCAGAAUCAGCGGUGGAGGAUAAUGCUGUGAAUGGCCUGGUCCAAGUUAGAUUGUUGGAAUCAUUUGGUGACUGCAGCUGUAGGUUCAAUGUCAACUCCAAAACCUCAAAUGGUGUAUCAAUGACAUUGACAUCAUUUGUCAUCGAUUUGCCACCUUUUGUUUUGUGGGUUCACUUCAACCUAUUCAUUGUGUUGCUGGAUCUUUUUAACAGAGUAGAGUCUUCCUUAAAAGAAAAUAAUGUUUCUGAAAAUGUUCAACCUAAUAUGCAGAAUAAAAGAAAUAGGAUAUCAUCUCCUGAUGUUGCUGAAACUGGCAUCUCUAGUAGCAUAGCCACUGUGUCUCCAAGAGCAUCUUUUCAAGGAAAUAUAAUUAUUGCACAGGCAAGGAUAAUAAUUUGUUUCCCUUCCGAGUAUUAUGGAGAUUUUAGAAACUCAACCUUGUUGGAUAAUCUUAUUAUUCUGGAACAUUCUUUACCUUUAAACACUGAAGAAACUUCAGGUGUCCUCAAAGUUCCAAAGGCGACUUCUGCAAGAGAUCAAUCUUGCGCACCUUCGAGUUCACUCCAUUUGAGUAUAAAAAACUUUGAUAUUUACAUGGUGAAAUCUUCAGUGGAAAAUGCUUUGGAUGAUCAAAUCUGUAAUUUAGGUAGUCAGCUCUUUUGUGCAGUGAAGAUUCUAUCUGUAAAAGGGUUAACUCAUUCUGGAGUUACUAUGCUUUGGCAAAAGGGUCCUGUGACUGGUACAUGGAUGGCAGAUAGAGCUUGGAGUUUGGCCUCAUCACGUGAUCAAAAUAGCAAUAAGAUUAUUGGAAAAGGAUCUGAAUUCUCUGUAUCUAGUGGAGAGAACCUUGAGGAAACAAGCUCCAAUAUCCGCCAGGAGCUGAUCCUUAGUUCUGCAUUUUUGUUGCAUAUUAAGUCGUCUUAUGUUUGGAUCAAUCUUGAUAAUCAUGAUUAUAAGUUUCUGGUUUGUUUGCUAAAUAAUGUCAUUGAUAAAUGUUCAAGGGAAUCCAACAGUAUGGACACUAGUACUGACAUGGGCAUGAAGAAUGAACAGAUGUCCCUGAGAUCCUCUAAUAUAUCUCAAACAUCGAUUCUUGUGGAAUGCAAUGCCAUUGACACAUGUAUUAGGCUAAAUGAAUUAGUUGAGGUUAGUCGCCCAUUGCAAAAGGAGCUACAGGGAUCAUGGAGUUGCUUUAAACUGAAAAUUGAGAAGUUUGAGUUGCUAUCUGUCUCUAAUAUUGGUGGAAAAGAAGAUGCAAAACUUUUAUGGCUCAACCAUGGAGAAGGUGAUUUAUGGGGUUCCAUCUGCAGUAGUGAUGAAAAAGCUUGUGCAGUAAGACACGAACUACCUUUGAUAACCUGUAGAAAUUCUGCAAUGAGACGUGGCAAUGGCGAAGGUGCUAACACAUUGGCUUUUGGUCCUGCUGGUACUGUUGUCACACACAUUUGGAAUCCACAGUUGCACCAAAGUUAUACUUCCAUAAUUGUUCGUUGUGGAACUGUAAUUGCACCUGGUGGUCGGCUGGAUUGGAUCACUGCUGUAUGUUUGUUUUUUAGUUCGCCACCCAGAGGGAAAGGGAACCCAGAGGAUGAUGGAAAGACUCAAGUGUCAUUUUUACUGGAUCUGGUUGAUGUUGCCUUGAGUUAUGAACCUCAGAAUAAACAAUUUCAAGUCAACAGUGAAGUUCCAGGCCUUGACCAUAAUUUUUAUGUUGAACUCAACAAAGAGAAAGACGAAGGGUACACAGCAUGCCUUUUAGCUGCAGCAUCGUUGAGCCUUUCUGUUCAUACUAAGUCAGAUCCAACCACUAAUUAUGAUAUUCAUAUGAAGGAUAUAGGACUCCUUAUUUCUGAAUCAUUUGGUUCCAUCACUGAUAUUGAUGGUUAUUGCAUUAGUUAUCUUCAGAAGGCUCGAUAUUCCAAAGUUGCUCAAGUAUCACUUCUGCAGGCCAUUUUGAGAAUCAGAGGGAUGUUCUGGGAAAUUGAAUGUGAAGAGUCACAUAUUGAUUUAGAAUCUUGUCGUGACACGACUUCUGGUCUUUUUCGUUUAAUUGCUCAGCUUCAGCAGCUUUAUGCACCUGAUGUUGAAGAUGCUUUAAUACAUUUACAGUCAAGGUGGGAUACUGUUCAACAGACGGACAUGGACCAGAAUACAAGUUAUCUGGCUGAUCCUGUCUCAAGCAAUUCUGUAGAUUUAGGUUCUGGGUUGUCAACUAGUAACAAAGAAUGUCAAGCUUAUGGGCUUUUGGAUGACAUACUUGAGAAUGCUUUGGAAUGCCAUCCUAACUCUGAUCACUGUGGCAUACAAUCUCAUGUGUCAUGUGAACAGUGCAAAGUUGGGGACAUAUUAAAUGUUAAUGCUUCAAGAGCUGGUGAUGCUUUCGCAGCAAAUUAUGCUGAUUCAUCAUGCAGCUCAGGAGUGGAAGCUUUUCAAAACCAAUCUGACAAUGAAAAAUCCACACCCCAGGUUAUUGAGAGCUACUAUGCAACUGACAGGCUUUCGUCAUUCCCAUUAUGCGUUGGCAAUAAUUCACAUUGUGAAGAUAACAGUUGUGCACUAGAUAUUUCAUUUCAUAGAGAUACUGAAUAUAGAAGAGGUGGAUGGUACUUCGGUGACUGCUUGACAAUAGUAGAAGAUCAUAUCUCGACAAUUCUGAAUCAGCCUGAUGGGAAAUAUCUGCAGCAAGGAGAACUUGAAUCUGACAAUUCAAACUCUGCUGAUUGUUGUCUUCUGAAAGGGAGAAUACUUCUUAAAAACAUGGAUGCAAGGUGGCGUAUGUACUCUGGAGUUGAAUGGUAUAAACCAGAGGCAGUUCCUACAUGUAGUGUGAAUUCAAAUGGGAGAGAUGUGAGCUUAUGCCUGGAGCUUAGUUUGGUAGGAUUGUAUAUUCAGUAUGACAUAUAUCCUGAAGGAGAAACUAAUGUGUCAAAGCUUUCUCUCUCUGUUCAUGAUUUUAAUCUUUAUGACAGAAGCAAAAAUGCUCCUUGGAAGAUGGUUUUAGGUAAUUACCACUCAAAAGAUCAUCCAAGAGAAUCCUGUGCUAAAUCACUCAUUUUGAAUUUGGAAGCUGUAAGGCCCAACCCACUGACACCUCUGGAGGACUACAGGUUACAUCUUGAGCUUCUUCCUCUCCGGUUGCAUCUUGAUCAAUCACAGCUCAAUUUUCUCAUCAUUUUCUUUGGCAAGGAAUCAUUUGAUGAUCCCUCUCCUGUUUCACCGAAUAAUCUGGAUGAGUCUGAUAUGUCAAAGGCGAGCAGGAGGUUUGGAAGCCAAAUAAUAGUAGAAGAGGCUCUACUUCCAUUCUUUCAGAAAUGUGAUGUGUUGCCUGUGAUCUUACGCGUGGACUAUAUUCCUCGUCAUUUUGAUUCAGCGGCACUAAGAAGAGGAAACUAUGCAGAACUUCUCAAUUUAGUUCAAUGGAAGGGAAUAGAUUUGCAGCUCAAGCAUGUUUGUGCUAUUGGGGUUUAUGGGUGGAACAAUAUUUGUCAAACUGUUGUUGGACAGUGGCUGGAAGAUAUUGCUCACAAUCAGGUUCGUGAGUUACUGAAAGGGCUUCCUCCCGUAAAAUCAUUGUUUGCUGUCAGUUCUGGAGCUUCAAAGUUGGUUUCAUUGCCUGUGAAAAGCUACAAGAAAGAUCACAAGUUGCUGAAGGGAAUGCAGAGAGGAGCAAUGGCUUUUCUUAAGAGCCUAUCAGUUGAAGCUGUUAGUCUGGGGGUGCAUUUGGCAGCCGGAGCCCAUGAGAUCUUGCUCCAAACUGAAUAUAUCCUUGCAAGCAUUCCAAUGUCUGUACCAUUGUCUGAGAUAAAGAGAAAAAAAACAGAUGUAAGAACUAAUCAGCCUGAAAAUGCACAGGAAGGGAUCCAGCAGGCUUACGAGAGUUUAAGCGAUGGCUUUGGUAGAACUGCAUCUGCUAUACUUGGGACUCCCCUGAAAUCUUAUCAGCGUGGUGCUGGUGCUGGAUCAGCUCUUGCAACUGCUAUUCGUGGAGCUCCUGCUGCUGCUAUAGCUCCUUUCUCUGCUUCUGCUCGUGCUGUGCAUUGCACAUUGCUUGGAUUGAGAAAUAGCUUGGAUCCUGAGCACAAACAAGAAUCAAAGGAGAAAUAUUUGGGGCCUUCUCAAUCGUAGGAUUGCCAAAUUUAUAUUCUUGGGGAUUAAAUUUCAUGCAUCCAUGUAUAUUGCAUUACAGAGCUGCUGUCUGAUUUGCUGCUCAAACUUGCUCUAUGACUGCAUACUUCUGGUGCUGGUUUCAUGGUUUUAUAAAAGGGCUGACUACUGUACGUCCAUGGUGCUGGUUUCAAUUGCCCGUAAGGUAUAUAUGCUGGUGUAUAGUUCUUUAAGGGAGAUUCUUUAUGCGACAGAAUAACAUGGUAACCUUUGUACAGAAUUAGGUAACGUAGAAUGCUCGCCAUUUUUUCGAGGAAAUUGUGAAUAGUGAUUUUGUAUAUAAAGCGUGUUAAUUGUGCUUUUUCUUCUC